UCUCUAAGGUCUCUUUCGUAUCAUCCACUCCAAUGGCAAAACCCAUUUUCAACAAAGUUCACUUGAAGAAUCUCUGGCAUCCACUCCAAUGGCAAUCCCAUUUUAACCCAAAAUCCUCACCACCCGAGAAAUUCCUUCACCAUCGCCUUCAAUUUUCAACCAGAUUUUUUCAAAUCACGACCGAAGAUCCAUCCAUCAAGCUCUUCGGCGAAAUCACAAGGGAAAUAUAUACAAGCGAGUCCAAGAGAGUCCUUUCAGUCUCUUUACGCGAUUGAAUUUAUCCGAAUAGGCACCAAGGGAGUACACGAGUUCCAAUGGGCAAGAUUAGCGGUGAAGAAGGAUGGUUAUCUCUAGGGCCAUGGGGAGGGAAAGGUGGUGAAUAUUCAACUUACAAGCCUGACGGGCCUAUAAUGCAGAUAACUAUUCGUUAUGGAGAUGUUAUUGAUUCAAUUUUAUUCGAAAGUAAAAGUCGCGAUGGCGUCGUCAUAGGAAGCUCCGUAAAAAUCGGCGGUUCCGGUGGCGGUUCGUCCGCAAAGUUCUCCAUCGACAGUUCAGUAGAACAAUUCUCAUCCAUAAGCCUGACGUACAAAGACUAUCGUGGACGUGCAGUACUCACAUCUCUCAGUUUUAAUACAAAUCUAAGAAACAUUGGGCCCUUUGGUAAGGGAGGGGGUUUUCCUAUGUCCAUUCCAAUAGAAGGUGGAGUCAUCGCCGGAUUCCAUGGACGUGGUGGAAGCCUAGUUGAUGCAAUUGGUGUAUUUGUAGAACCAAAAGUCAAGAAGAUAGAGGAAGAGCUGAAGACUAAAAUCAAAGAGCUAGAGACUAAAAAUAAAGAGUUGAAGGAGAGGGAGGAUGUAUUUCAAACGAAGAUGGAAGAGGUGGAAGCACAGAAUAAAGAGCUGAGGGAGAGGAUCAAAGUGAUAGAAGUGACAAAGAAGAUGGAGGAAGAGCUGAAGAAUAAAAUCGAAGAGCUAAAGACUAAAAAUAAAGAGUUGAAGGAGAGGGAGGAUGUAUUUCAAAUGAAGAUGGAGGAGGCAGAAACACAGAAUAAAGAGCUAAGGGAGAGGAUCAAAGUGAUGGAAGUGAGUUGUGACACAGGCUAG